AUGGCAGAGAGAAUUCACAUAUCUAAUGAAGACAUCAAGAAUGAAGGUAGUAAUGAUAUCGGAACAAAACCCUCUUGUCCAAAUCGAAGAAAACGUUCCUUCUUUGACUUAAACAAAGAAGUGGUAGAUGAUGGACAUGAUGAUCAUGUGAUACUACUUGUAAGUGACGAAGGCCUUAAUAGUGGCGAGAUAAGCAACAACGUUGAGAUAUCAUCACAAGAGGAGAAAUUGAGUAGCAAUGAUCAAAAUUCAAGUGAUCAAGAAGGGAAAGGGCGUGGAAGUAGGGUAAGACAAUAUGUUAGGUCGAAAAUGCCUAGGCUUCGUUGGACUCCUGAUCUUCAUUUAUCUUUUGUGCAUGCUGUUGAGAGGCUUGGAGGGCAAGAAAGAGCAACGCCCAAGCUGGUUCUCCAAUUGAUGAAUGUGAGAGGACUUAGCAUUGCACAUGUGAAGAGUCAUUUGCAGAUGUAUAGGAGUAAAAAACUUGAUGAGUCUGGCCAAGUUUUAUCCCAUAAAAAUAAGGAAAUGCAAGGAAGGCAUCAUCGCAUUUUGGAUAUGUAUGGAAGAUUUAAUGUUCAAGGGCACUUUGGUGUUAAUAAUAACCAUUAUUAUCAGCCAUAUAGUGAAAUCAAAGCUCAUAGCACUUCAAGGUUUCAUCAGAGUGGACUUUUCAACAAUCAUGUCAUGUUAAGAUCAAGUUCAAUGUGGGACAUAGAUUUAUAUAAGACAAGUUCACAUAUAUUUGAUGUAAAAGAUGCAAUAACAAAAAAUAAUAAUGGACCUAUAAAUUCUACUCAAAUAAAUCAGUUACUACCUGAAGAAAAGAAGUGGCCUCUUCGAUUACAAGGAAGUGAAAAUCAUGAAUUUAAAAGCUUGUGUCGAGAUGAUCAUAGUGCACAGCAUUUUUCAUGGAGUUCUGUCUUCAACAAGGUACAUGAUAAAAAAGAUGAAAUGCAAGAAUUGAAACACCAAACUCAAACUCAAGUAUCAAAGAAAGAAUAUUCACCAAGUUUCUUAGAACUAAAGCUAAGUCAAGACUCAGAAAUUAGCGUUAAGAAUCAAAUAAAUAUGAAUCCAGCGGGCGAAGAAGAAACACAUAUAGUUCUCUCUCUUUAG